ACAUGUUUGCUGCCACCUGAGAACGAACUGAUUUUUUAUUUCUGGCUAUUGAUUUUUCAAGAAUCCCUGUGGAAUACAAAACCAGAGGACGACGCGAGGAGAAAAAAAGAAGAGUUUAACAGGAUCUGUUGUGGAUAUGUUGACAUUUCUGGCACAGUGAAACUGCACAAAGAAGCUCAGAAGAAUGUAACACUGUUUCGAGGAAUCAAAUCACUGGGAUUUUGAAAAACAAAACAAAACGAAGGCUUUGGGAUUCGUGAAAGAGUUCGGUCAUGUUGCGUUUGGAUUUCAGAUCACUGAUUCUUCCAAUUGGCAUUGUUCGGAUGGUGGAGGUGCUUCUAACAUGCAUCUGCUUUGCACUGGCAGCGUCAGCGGUGGACACAGCCACGUCCCAUUGGGCUUGGUGCAUGUUCUGCUGGUGCUUCUGCUGUUUCACCACCCUCCUCAUCAUCAUUUUGGAGUUUACCGACCUGAACACCAAAGUGCCCAUUUCCUGGGAAGACUUCACCAUGGCUUUUGCAAUGUUGGCCACACUUAUGAUGUUCACCAUUGCGAUCAUCUACCCCGAGUUCUUCUCCUGCCCCUCCUGCUCCAAGCAGAUCGGGGCGUCUGUGGUGUCCUGGUUGUGUUUUGGGCUGUACAGCGCUGAGGUCUGGCUGAUCCACAAAAGACCUGGUGAAACCAGCGGCUUCCUCACCACCGUUCCUGGUCUCCUCAAGAUCCUGGAGACAUUCGUCGCCUGCAUCAUAUUCACGUCUUUGAGUCCCGCCGACUAUAAGGUGGUUCCAGGAACGCAGUGGUGCGUGGCCGUCUACUCCAUAUGCUUUGUUUUCUCAUUGCUGAUCGUUUUCCUCACCAUCGCCAAGCUGUCUUCCAUCUUUCCAUUUUCUUUUGACAAAGCGGUCAUUAGCUUCAACAUCCUGGCUGUGGCUAUGUACGCAACUGCGGUUGUUAUCUGGCCACUAUAUGUGUUUGACGGAAACCCACGUCCAAAUAAUUGUAACCCGUGUUCAUGGGAUGAUCUGGUGGUGGUGACUUCCAUGACCAUCAUAAACUUCUUCAUAUACACUGGAGAUUUGGCCUACUCUGUUAAAAUUGUGUUCUUUAGCUACCGUGGCCAGGAGUAAUGCCUUACCCAUGCCAUAUCAUUGGUUUAACAUGAAAAAUAAUCUUUGCAAGGAUGUGUAUAUGUAUAUGCUGAGUAGUCACUUAGUGAACCUUUCACAAAAAAAAAUUGACAGAUUGGCAAAAAGGUCCAAUGUUUGUAGUGAUGCAGGAAGCACCUCUUACUGAGAGGCCACUUCCAAACUAAGAAGUUUCAACGAGGCGAAAAACGCGAAUGUUGAAUAAACCUGAAUCUGAUGCAAAAAAAUGCACAGGGAAACGUUUCCAAAUCCACCAAAUCACACGGAUUCGAAUUACUGAUUUGACCAGAUUUUGCCCUCGGAUGUUCGCCACGCAAAGGUAAAUGUGGCCGCACCCUAAUUAGUCCGACAUAUUACGAAGAAGGUUUAGUACAGAUGAGUUUUAAUUACCAGGAAGUCACAUACCGCUAAUCUUUAUUCAUUGUAAAUUAACUAUGUAAGUUAUAGUACUACUACUAGCAUUACCAUUACUACAGUAAGAUAUUGAUUUAUAUCACUCCAGAAUAAUAUACUUGACUAUAAUUUUGCACAGGGAUUUUUAUUUUUGUUACCAAUAUUAUUUUUGUCUGUUGUCGUAUAUUCUCGCAGAAAGCCGAAAUGUUGUACGAUGUGAGAAAUAUUCAGAGGUAAUUAACUUUAGAAGUUGAGAAGGAGAUUUCGUAGCUGUUUUUAAUCUAAAUCCAUCCUAAGCAGUGUCCCACAAAAUGAACAAAUGGUUGAGGUUUAUCCUGUUAAUUUAAUAAUUCAGAUUAAAGCAUAUUUUUUUACAGUGUGUCUGUUUUAUUUGUUAGAAUAUUAAUAAUGACUUCUUUUUAUAAACAUUAACAUUUUAACUAACAUUAACAUAAAAAAUCUGAAU